AUGGAUAGAUUAGGUGUAAAAUGUUCUUAUCAUAGUCAAGGAUGUGUUUGGACAGGAGUUUUAAAUGAGUUGGGCAAUCAUUUGAAUCAGUGUGAAUACAAAAUUCUUCAAUGUCCAAGGGAGUGUGGUGUAGAAAUUCAGCGAAAGGAUGAAAUGAAGGCAUUCAUCUCUUUGGUAUGGGUAAUUUAUAUUUGCCAGAAAGAAUCAGUAUUUGCAGAAGUUAUUUCAUAA